AUGGCCUAUAUAUAUUCUCCAGAGCAUUCCCAGGCUGUGAUGGUUAUUCUGGGGUACACAUUCCAGAAUUUGGUGUUGCUUCGCAGGGCUCUGGAGACCUGGAGCCUGGGGUCUCCUCACGGCAACAAACCCCUUGCCCUUGUUGGAGAUAGGGCUAUUGCAAUGGUAUUUAGUCUUGAUGGAUAUCUGAAGAAUGCCACGUGUGGAAACACGACACAGCUUUUAAACUCUCGAUCAUCAAACAAAACUUUGCAUAGCUUGGGAUGCAGGCACGGACUUGAAAGAUAUCUUGUCCUCAACCCAUCACAAUCGAAUGUUUCAAUUGAUACUAUGGCGAACACAGUGGAGGCCCUGAUAGGGGCUGUCUUCAUUGACAGCGGGUUCGACCUAGACGCUGUCAAGGCGGCGAUGAUCAACUUCGGCAUCAUGGAAGCUCAACCUCAAGAGUGA